AAAAGUUGUUGUCGUAACACCCUCGGUAAACUUGACAAUUCAUGGAGUUUUGCAAGGCACAGUAUCUACCAGCUAAGAAUAAAUGUAGGCACUGAAAGAAUUUGCCUAUAGCUACCCGCUUCUACAGAAAUCUUCUAUCUAGACUGAGAUUGUUGACCAUUUGGAGGUUCUUGCAAGCACGAUAUCUAACGCCGGCAUAAAGCACAGCAGGUGCUUCUACUCGACGGUGGAAUCAUUGGGAUAAGAUAGAAGAACUGGAACGGUCUCAGGUUGACCUUUGAUAAGUCUAUUUGAAACUUGAGGACUAUCGGUCAAAGGACGGGCAGCACCCACAUCUAUCUGAUCCUCGUCGAUGACUACAAAAUGUCUCCAUCAAACGAAUCCAUCAUCGUCGUUGGAUGUGGAGUGACAGGCCUCUCAGUGGCAACACUCCUACAAUCCGAAUACCCAAGCGCAGUCCUCACCAUCAUCGCCGCCGAAAUACCGACAGGACAUUCACCCACGGCGGACUAUGCGUCAAUGUGGGCAGGCGCGCAUUACCGUCCGACACGGGGUUCGACACCUCAAUUAAAGCAGGAAUUCGACAUGGCCGUACGCACAGCCGGAAGGAUGAAGCGGAUCGCACACGACCACCCCGAAGCCGGGGUCGAAUUCAUGCAGGGUGUCGAGUACCUGGAAGAUCCACCCACCGAGUUCUCCUCGAUAAAAACAGGCGAUGUCUACGCCGGACCGGAGGAUGGCUUCCGCGUGCUCGACCAGACGGAGCUGCCAACUGGUGUGGAAUGGGGCUGCGAAUAUCGCUGUUACUGCGUCAACGUUUCGGUAUAUUUGAAAUGGCUUCUCGACCGCUUCAUGUCGAAGGGUGGUCGGCUUAUCCAGCAUCGCUUAUCGGACGCUCAGGAGGCGUUCGAGUAUGCCCAAAAGAUUGGGCUGGGCAAGGUUUCAACAGUCGUGAAUUGUUCUGGGCGUAACUUCGACCAAGAUCCGAAGACGAAGAUCAUUCGAGGACAGACCGUGCUGGUCAAGCAGCAGCACCAUCAGACGGUGACUCGGCAGUGUCGCGAUGGCAGUUGGGCUUUCCUGAUCCCGCGUCCGCGAGGAGGUGGGACCAUUGUCGGAGGCACCAAGGAGAUAGGUGACCCUGAAGAGCAACCCAGGCCUGAGGCGCGCGAGAAACUCCUUCGCAAUGCUGUUGAUUUCUUUCCCGACUUCGUGGAUUCGAUUGACAGAUUCGUGGUAUUGAAAGACAAUGUCGGCAGGAGACCGUGGCGGGAGGGUGGUUAUAGGUUCCAGACCGAGUCGGUUGGUCCCGACAAAAGGAUUGUGCACGGAUAUGGUGCUGGUGGUCGAGGUUAUGAGCUGAGUUGGGCCGCAGCUGAGAAGAUAGUAGCACUCGUGGCGGCAUCGGUACCUGCAAAUGCCCGGUUGUAGCUGGAUGACCCCUGGAAAAGGCCGCCAUGGCGCGAGCAAUG